AUGGACAAAGUUACCAAUGUGCGUAACAUGUCCGUUAUUGCUCACGUCGAUCACGGUAAAUCCACUUUGACCGAUUCGCUGGUUCAGCGUGCCGGUAUUAUCUCGGCCGCCAAGGCCGGUGAGGCUCGUUUCACCGACACCCGUAAGGAUGAACAGGAGAGAGGUAUCACUAUCAAGUCUACCGCCAUCUCUCUUUUCUCCGAGCUUGGUGAGGAGGACAUCAAGGAGAUCUCCCAGAAGACCGAAGGUAACAAGUUCUUGAUCAACUUGAUCGAUUCGCCAGGUCACGUUGACUUCUCUUCCGAAGUUACCGCUGCCCUCAGAGUCACCGAUGGUGCUUUGGUCGUUGUCGACUGUGUUGAAGGUGUGUGUGUUCAGACCGAGACCGUGUUGAGACAAUCUCUUGGUGAGAGAAUCAAGCCAGUUGUUAUUAUCAACAAGGUUGACCGUGCUUUGCUCGAAUUGCAGGUUUCCAAGGAGGAUCUCUACCAGUCUUUCGCCAGAACUGUUGAGUCCGUUAACGUUAUCAUCUCUACCUACGUUGACAAGUCUAUCGGUGAUGUCCAGGUCUACCCAGAGAGAGGCACUGUUGCCUUCGGUUCCGGUUUGCACGGUUGGGCUUUCACUAUCCGUCAAUUUGCCAUCCGUUACUCCAAGAAGUUCGGUGUCGACAGAGCCAAGAUGAUGGAGCGUUUGUGGGGAGACUCGUUCUUCAACCCAAAGACCAAGAAGUGGACUAAGAACGCCAAGGAUGCCGAUGGAAAGCCUCUUGAGCGUGCCUUCAACAUGUUCGUUUUGGACCCAAUUUUCCGUCUGUUCGCCGCCAUCAUGAACUUCAAGAAGGAGGAGAUCCCAGUUUUGCUUGAGAAGUUGGAGAUCAACCUCAAGUCCGAGGAGAGGGAGUUGGAAGGUAAGGCUUUGCUCAAGGUUGUCAUGAGAAAGUUCUUGCCAGCUGCCGAUGCCUUGCUUGAGAUGAUCAUCAUCCACUUGCCAUCCCCAGUCACCGCUCAGUACUACAGAGCCGAGACCUUGUACGAGGGUCCAUCUGACGAUGCCUCUUGUAUCGCCAUCAGAGACUGUGACCCCAAGGCCGAUCUUAUGCUUUACGUCUCCAAGAUGGUGCCUACCUCUGAUAAGGGUAGAUUCUACGCUUUCGGUCGUGUUUUCGCCGGUACCGUGAGAUCUGGUCAGAAGGUCAGAAUCCAGGGUCCUAACUACGUCCCAGGCAAGAAGGAGGAUCUCUUCGUCAAGGCUAUCCAAAGAACGGUCCUGAUGAUGGGUAGAUUCGUUGAGGCCAUUGACGACUGUCCAGCCGGUAACAUUGUCGGUUUGGUUGGUAUUGACCAGUUCUUGCUCAAGUCUGGUACCUUGACCACCAACGAGGCCUCCCACAACAUGAAGGUGAUGAAGUUCUCUGUCUCCCCAGUUGUCCAGGUCGCCGUCGAGGUCAAGAACGGUAACGAUUUGCCAAAGCUUGUCGAAGGUCUUAAGCGUCUUUCCAAGUCCGACCCAUGUUGUAUUACCUCCAUGUCCGAGUCUGGUGAACACAUUGUCGCCUGUACCGGUGAGUUGCAUUUGGAAAUCUGUUUGUCAGAUUUGGAGAACGACCACGCUGGUGUUCCAUUGAGAAUCUCCCCACCAGUCGUUGCCUACAGAGAGACUGUUGAGGCCCAGUCGAGUAUGACUGCCCUGUCCAAGUCGCCAAACAAGCAUAACCGUAUCUACGUUUCUGCUCAACCAAUUGACGACGAGACUGCCAACGCCAUCGAGAGCGGUAAGAUUUCUCCAAGAGAGGACUUCAAGACCCGUGCCAGACUGAUGGCUGAUGAGUAUGGCUGGGACGUCACCGACGCCAGAAAGAUCUGGUGUUUCGGUCCAGACGGAACUGGUGCCAAUCUGGUUGUCGACCAGACCAAGGCUGUCCAGUACUUGCUUGAAAUCAAGGACUCUGUCAACUCUGGUUUCCAAUGGGCUUCCAAGGAAGGUCCAUUGCUCGGUGAGGCCAUGAGAUCCGUCAGAAUCAACAUCUUGGAUGUCACCAUGCACGCCGAUGCCAUCCACAGAGGUGCCGGUCAGAUCAUGCCAACCAUGAGAAGAGCCACUUACGCCGCCAUGUUGCUUGCUGAGCCAAGAAUCCAGGAGCCAGUUUUCCUCGUCGAGGUUCAAUGUCCAGAAAACGCCAUUGGUGGUAUCUACUCUGUUCUUAACAAGAAGAGAGGUCAGGUCAUCUCCGAGGAGCAGAGACCAGGUACUCCAUUGUUCACUGUCAAGGCUUACUUGCCAGUCAAUGAGUCCUUCGGUUUCACUGGUCUGCUGAGACAGGCUACCGGUGGUCAGGCUUUCCCACAGAUGGUUUUCGACCACUGGGCAACCAUGAACGGUAACCCUCUCGACAACACCUCCAAGCCAGGUCAGAUUGUUGCUGAGACCAGAAAGAGACACGGUAUGAAGGAGGAUGUUCCAGGUUACGAAGAGUACUACGACAAGUUGUAA